AUGACAUUGCAAAAUUCAUUGACUGUGAAUGUAGUCCGAGGAAAAACAGUACACGACAUUGCGCUGCCACGUAUUCAAUCACAACAAGGAAAACGGUUCGAAUACUGGGUGGCCACAGAUACAUUAUGCGAUGAGGAUCGUUCUCUGGAACAACUCGGUCAACCUGUCUAUUUAUCCAUCGCCAGUUCUCGUCCAAGUGAAUUUAAAUUACGAGUAAAACCGGCUGCGAAUUUCAAUCUGGAAAAAUCAAUUACAACAGAAGCAAGCCCGUCGGAACCACGUUAUUACAUGUAUAAAUUCCCUGAGGAUAUUGAGAAAGUGGAUGUAAGAGCCAACUCUGAUAGUGAUAUAUGUGGCAGGUUGAUUGUGCGGAAAGCAACUAAAAGUGAUAUUGGCCCUGAAGUUCAUAUUGCUUUCACUGUGAAUCCUGAUGAUUCAGCAUGUGGAAUUGCAGGAAAAGGACCAAUAGAUUCUGAGAAUGCAGGAAGGGACAAAGAUGCACAAAUUUCAGUCUCUCCAGUGAAUGAGCAAACUUUCAUUUUUAUGAUUCCACUCUUUGUUUAUGCUGGAAGUAUGAUUCUUGUCCUACUUCUAACAUUUCUAAAGUACCGAUUCUUGGAUCGUCAAAAGAAUAAUGAACCAAAUGAUUUUGAAGAAAAUUGUUCGGGAGUAGAUAUAAUCGUGGAUUUGUCAUUUCUAUUUGAUAAACCCAAUCGGAUAGUCAGUCACAAAGAAUAUCAAAAAGGAAGACUUGUGAAAGAAGCAAAGUAUUUCAAUUUCUUAUUCUUCCAAAUCUUUGGAUCCAUCCUUCCUGCACUCACUACGCUGUUCCAAAACAGACAACAAACAUCGAACAAAAUGGAUUUCGAUACCUGCUACCUCAACUAUAAAUGCUCUUCAGAAAUGUUUCACCUCAAUUCAUUCAAUUCAGUUGCCAGCGUCAGUGGUCUUGCUGUAAUUGGAAUCCUCAAUUUAAUCAUUGUUUUUCGGAGGAAACUAUUCUGUUAUCAAGUUCCAAAAAUUCUCACAACUCAUGGAAUUCAAGAAAGAGAUGCUCCUAAAGUGGUAACCCCUGCAAAAUCCCGUGAGCUGAACCAAGAAUGUCUGUUACCUGGAAUCGAUUGGAAUGAUCUUCGAAACUACAAUCGUGCGUUCAGCUGGUUCAUGUUCAUUGUUUUGAUGGAUUAUAUUGAUUCAAAUGUUAAAAAGAUUCCCAAGAAGAAUAUUUUUGUGUUUUGA